UCGUAGGAGCACGAUUCACAUUCAACCUCUACCACGGUCAUUGUCACACUGGUCAUCGAAAUUGAAAUCCUUCAAAUCCGUACCCUGGCUCCUCCCUUUGAAAAAAUUCAAUUUUGAUUUGUCAAAAAAAUUCGCAUGAUGACAUCGAUACAUCAUUGGUCACGACGGGAAGACGCCACGCAUGCGUGAUGUAAACACGCCCAUAAUUAGCUUGCUUUCACUCUUUCACGACAAUAACAUCUCACAUAGAUGAAGACUGAAAAGUACGUAAAAUCAAUUAAAUUAAAUUGUGUCGCUAUUACCCAUUUCCACCAGAUAUACUGUAUAUGGGAUUCAAAGUGUUCAGAAUAGUGAGAUCUAAAUGUUUCAAUAGUUUAUAACUUUGGGGCGCACUAUGUCCAAAAGUAAAAUAAUACCGUAACGAGUAACAGUAUAUCAUUGAAUGCAGACUGUGAAAAAGUAAUUGUCCAGACAAAGGCUCGAAUCUGAAUUAUAACACUGCAUUCCUUAGGUCUUAACCCAUUAAAACAAGUGUAUUCCUGGUUUGGCUUUUUUGGCUAGGUUUGUACCUUACGUAAAAUGACUAAUCUUAAUCUGACAGAUCGUUUCAGAGUUGGGCUACAACAUGUCAGUGUCAGAGUUCUCAGAGAUGGUAAGGAAAGACGCCCAGUUUCUCUAUGACAACCCUGAGGCUUUGUUUAAAGAUUUUGAGGACCUCGUGUACAACGUCAUCCCCCUCAAACUUCCUGAAGUCUUCCUGAAUAUUCCUAAAGCGAAGUUGAAGAUGGAGCGUUUGUCCUCACCUCAUAGCACCACAGCUUUUUACUCUGUUGGAGCUUACGACGGGUCUCGCCCCGGCGUCUACUUCGUCAAUACUUUCCACUGUGACAGUCAACCGAAGUACGAGAUGAUGACCUUAUCCCUGCACGAGGGAAAUCCAGGUCAUCACCUGCAGGGAUCACACAGCAUGGAGUCUCCUAAAAUCCCCUUCUUCAGGAGAGUAAUGGAGGACCGUAACUACUGGCAGGCACCUUCCAGGUUCCCCAUAAAUACAGCAUACUUGGAGGGCUGGGGUCUAUACGCAGAGAAUCUUGGUUUUGAUAUGGACCUUUUCAAGAAUCCUUAUAUCAGGCAUAUACAGUACUGAGAGACAACACUAAGUGUAGAUGAGAAGAAAUCGUUGAACACUUUUUGUUUGGUUAGGAAUUUGAAACUGUGUAAGUAGAUACACGUACUUUGUGUUAUAUGACUUUCAGGCAAGUCUUACGAUAAAUAAUUGGUUCUGAUAUUUGUAAAGCCUGCCUUGGGCACCAUUGCAAUGGGUCCCUCUGACACCAUUGUAAUGGAUACUCUCGGCACUACUGUAUAAGUUACUUCACUGUCUAUAAAUUCAAGCCAAUAAUCCAAUAAGUUCUUUAGAUACAGUCCAUCAUUAUUUUACAUGUAACCUUUUACUUUUUCUAACUGCACUUAUUAUGUAACUGUGACAACAUGUUUACCCAGUCUCAGAAGAAUGCGGAUCGAAACUUAGUCUUUAGUAAUGGAACACAGGGAGAAGGAAAGUGAGAGUAAGAAAAGGAUGGGAGGCGAAGGAUGAGAGUCCGUACUGACUGUCCUUCGUGGUAAGGGAUGUUUAUGGGUUGUUGUUGGGGAAAUUAGGGCAAGUAGAUGUAGGAUAUAUAAGUCAUGUUAGG